AUGAAAUUUAGUAUAGUCGUCAUAUGGGCCAGUUGCCUGGUGUACCAGGCGACGGCCUCCCUGGGCAGUCUCUCCAAGCAUCAGAGGAGCAAGAGAGCUCCCAUUCCCUGGCUUAUAUUCCCCACCACAUCUCCCACUCGUGUCAUGUUCAUUGGUGGUAUAGGUAUACCGCUGGAGGACCUUAACUACGAGGCAGUGACCACCGGAUACGUCUUGAAGGUGGAGUACUGGCUGCCCAUCACGCCGGAUGACCUGAGAACGCCCACAUCAAUGCCCCUCAACCAAGUGGCCACGCCUGGUGUGACGGGAGCCAGAAAGCAGAGGAAGCCCAUGUUCGAGAACUUCCUGGUGGGAGUGGACGAGCUGGGCAAGAACACCAGGAAGCUGCUGACCAGGACCAACAAGGUUCUCAGCAGCUAUCGCUGGACAGUCUACAAGGGGCUGGAGGGACUGGCCGAUCGACUGGGCUACCAGGGAAGGAUCUGCGUGCUGAAAAGCAUCUGCGAGGCCGCCGAGGAGCCCUUCCAUUACACUAAUGGGCUCUUUGCGGACCUCUUGCACAUACUGCUCACGCCCUCCUCCUCAGUGGACAAGUUGUCGGAGCACGCGGAUAACGAGUAUUAUUAUGCGGAGAAGGUGGGUCAGUCGGGAGCGGGAUGUGACCGCGUCUUCAAGGAGUGUCGACUUAGUCUCCUCCAACACUUCAGUGAAAUGCAUCACAACCUGGACAAGAUCUUAUUUUGA